CUCCGGUAGCGCACCGGCCUGCAGCUCGCGCUUAAGUGCGACCAAAGUGUGUGUGAGUGUGUGUGCGUGACGAGUGCGGUACAACAGUGCGGACGACGCCGUCCUCUCACAAACGGAUACCAUGGAUACCCACUCGCUGCGGAUGCUCCUGCUGGCCGUGGCGGUGGUGCUCGCCGUGCUCCAGGCCGACCGCGCCGACGCGUUCGAGAGCGUAGCGGACGUGCCCUGCGGCUACCAGUGGGGUCGCGGGGGCGGCGGCGCCCGCGGGGCGCGGAGGAUCGGCGGCGGGGCGGCGCUCCGGAUCGCGGCCGUGGCGUUGACGGCGUCCCCGCGGAUCGUCGGCGGCCAGACGGCCCUCCGGGGCGAGUACCCGUGGCUCGUGUCCAUCACUAAGGGCGGCGGACACUUCUGCGGGGGCACCCUCCUCAACAAGCGCUGGGUCCUCACUGCGGCGCACUGCCUCUGCAGGUAA